AUGGUCUUCAUCAGAGAGAAGGUGUACGGGCUGCGGCGGCGGCGGGCUCUGCGUGGGAAGAGCGUGCCCCAAUACGCCGCUCUGGAGCCGCAGGGGGCGGGGCUAAUGCUGGCCUCAGAGAAACCCUUCACCUUCACUCACCGCGACGGGGCACCGAUCCAACUGGGACUCGAACCCAUGGAGCAGGAGAAGACAGAGGAGGAGGUCUGUCGUCAUGAGAGGAGGAGGUCUGUCGUCAUGAGAGGAGGAGGUCUGUCGUCAUGGGAGGAGGUCUGUCGUCAUGAGAGGAGGAGGUCUGUCGUCAUGAGGUCUGUCGUCAUGAGAGGAGGUCUGUCGUCAUGGGAGGAGGAGGUCUGUCGUCAUCGGAGGAGGUCUGUCGUCAUGAGAGGAGGAGGUCUGUCGUCAUGGGAGGAGGUCUGUCGUCAUGAGAGGAGGAGGUCUGUCGUCAUGAGGUCUGUCGUCAUGAGAGGAGGUCUGUCGUCAUGA